AUGGCGCAGAACAUGAACGCUAAAGACGAACAGUACCUGAGACUUAUUGAACUACUUUCAAACUACGAUUCCACCUUAGAGCAGUUGCAAAAAGGUUUUCAGGAUGGCUACAUUCAAUUGAGCAGAUCGAACUUCUAUAAUAAAGACUCAUUACGAGGAAAUUAUGGUAAAGACUAUUGGGAUAAAACAUAUAUGGGCCAAUUGAUGGCAACAGUAGGGGAAACGAACUCCAAAUUAGUUGUCGACAUCGUGAGAAGAAAAACUCAAGAUAAGCAAGAAAAGAAAGAAGAAGAAGAUAAUAAAUUGACUCAAAGAAAAAAAGGACCGAAGUCAGAGGAGCAAAAAGCUCAGAAUCACAAACCUAAACAAGGUUACGACCCAAUUUUGAUGUUUGGUGGAGUACUGUCCGUUCCUUCCUCAUUGAGACAAUCGCAGACAAGUUUCAAAGGUUGCAUUCCUUUAAUAGCCCAAUUGAUUAACUACAAGAACGAAAUACUAACGUUGAUUAAGACGUUGUCCGAGCAGGAAUAA